AUGAUUGCAGAGGCUGUCGCCACUGUGUGCCUGGUCUGGUAUCUGUUGGUGAUAGUUCCAGUCUGUACAAUCGGCUAUACGCAAUUGUAUCGCUGGUACUCGCGACCGCCCCCUCCGGCAGCCUGCCUCACCUCUCUACCCGCAGAAGAUAUCCCACAUGUUACCAUCAUCCGCCCGGUGAAGGGUCUUGAGCCACGUCUCUACGAAUGCCUCGCUGCGACCUUCCGCCAAACGUACCCACGCGACAAACUGACUAUCUUCUUUUGUGUGUCUUCACGCGAUGACCCUGGCUUCCCAGUCCUGGAGCGGCUCAUCCGCGACUUUCCGGGCUUCGACGUGACUAUCUUAGUUGAGCAGGAAGACGCGAGACUCCAGAACGAGCAUGGGGAUAACGACAAUGGAGUCGGUGAACACGCGCAGCUGGGCCCGAACCCGAAGAUCAGGAACAUGAGCCGGGCGUAUCGUGAAGCAAAGGGCGAUAUUGUCUGGAUUAUUGACUGCAAUGUGUGGGUUGGAAAAGGUGUCGCCGGACGCAUGGUCGACACACUGUGUGGAUAUGGAGGCAAGAGGAGGUACAAGUUCGUACAUCAGAUUCCGCUAGUCGUGGACACGUCCAGCGAGACCGCGGACUCUGAAACGCGGGGAUUGUUGGCUCCACAGGUUCAUGAUGAGGGUGAUGGUGCCCUUCAUGUUGCAUCUACAAGCACAGCAAGCACCGAUCUCCGCAACCCGACCGACUCCCAUUCGGACGUAAAACAUAUCCUCCAGACUGGUGGUGGUAGGCUCGAAGAACUCUUCAUGUCCUCCUCCCAUGCCAAAUUCUACACCGCCAUCAACACCGUCCUGAUCGCUCCCUGCAUCGUCGGUAAAUCGAACAUGUUCCGCCGCUCCCAUCUCGCCGCUUUGACCUCCUCAAACCCAGCUCGCGCGCCCGGUAUCGACUUCUUUUCGGACAACAUCUGCGAGGACCACCUGAUCGGCGACGCGCUUUGGAAAAAGCCGCAGCCAUUCGAGCUAGAGGCUGUUGCUAAAGGAGGGAAACGAGAGAAAUGGGGGAAGCACGCUCUCGUAUUCGGCGAUAUAGCUUUCCAACCAAUGUCAUCCAUGUCAGUCCGCGAAUACAUCGCCCGCCGCGUGCGUUGGCUACGCGUGCGAAAAUUCACAGUUGCACUGGCAACGCUGGUCGAACCAGGAACAGAAAGCAUAUUGUGCAGCCUAUACGGCGCAUUUGCGGUGACAACACUGCCCUUCUUCAGAGGCUGGUUCGGCAUUCCACCUUCCUGGGCAUCAUUCUGGACCCUCUUUGCGAUCAGUGUGGGUGUAUGGGCGACGGUAGACUGGACGUUGUACCGACGGUUGCAUUCGGCGAAAAGUAUUGAACUCGAUUCCGAAACACCGGACUUCGCACGGCCACCGAAAAGAGCAAGAUGGGGAGGAACGAGGAGGCCGUUUAAGGAGUGGCUCGCUGCGUGGGUUGGAAGGGAGGUUCUCGCGUUCCCGAUCUGGGCGUGGGCGAUAUUCGGGGGCGUGAGUGUGGAGUGGAGAGGCAAGAGAUUCUGGGUGGGACUCGAUAUGAAGGUGCAUGAGAUUGUGGAGGCUGGGGACAAAAGAAAGGAUUGA